UUUUAUUUUUAGGUGAAUUAGCUGAAUAUAUCCUAGUAUCCAAUAUGGAAGGAACAAUUUUAUUGAUUCUUAGUUUGCUGAAAAGUUAUUCAUUCACAGAUGCUGCCUUUACUUACACUCCAUUGGAGACUGGAUUCUGUGAGAGUACAAAUGCCAAUUUGACAUGGGUUUUUGAUAAUGCAGGAGCACAAUCAGCUGUUGAAUGGACAGUCAAUGACACAAUAUCAAUUGCCAGACUCUUUGGUGGGUCAACAUUCGUAGAGGGAACAGGAUAUAGUGGAAAACUUCAGAAUGAUGGAAAUGGAGGACUUAUUAUAAAAGGAGUAACACCGGCAGACAGUGGAAAGUAUAAAUGUGCAGUUAGCUACAAUGAUGGGACACCUCAAGCUACCAAUGAACAAACAGUAACAAUAUAUAGGACUCUUAAUACUAAGUUGGAUAUAUUGGAGAAAAAAACAGAUUCCAAGGAGGAGGCAGAGUUAACAUCAUCUUUAGUUGAUUCAUCUAUCACAUACACAUGGAAUUCUGCAUAUUUUACAAAUUUUCCUACUGAAUCAUCCAUAACUGUGUCUGAGAAUGGUGAAUACAGACUUUGCAUAAGUGGAGGAAAAGCACAAUGCCUCAACCAGACCUUGAGUAACUGUGUGAAUUAUACAGUAUCUGGAUUACAAGAAUGUGUAUUGGAAACUAUAUUUUCUGAUGCUAAAUGA